AUGGCCCCCCGCGGUGGCCCCAGGCGCAGUGAGGCUGCCGAGCCGCAAGCUUUCCACCAGCUCGGCGUUCGUGGUCGGAAAACUGGCGUGGAAUUGAUAGAUACCGGAGAGCGCGACGAGUAUGGCAUGCAACCGCUGGAUGACCUACUCUCCUCGCCAGAGAGGGGUCCUUCCAGAGCCAAUCAACAAGACGACGACGACGACGACGACGACGACGAUGACGAUCAAUAUGACGACGAUCAAGGCAGCGAGGAUAUGGACAUUGAGACGAGUGCAGGACCGGGUCCGCGAACCCUGCUUAAGGAGCGAAGCAUACCGUACCCUAUUCCUCGCAGUCGGUCACCCGUAAAGACACAAUUACUAUCUCCUGCCCGAAGGAAUCGAAACCUAGAACACCUCUCGUCACCAACGCGACGCUCCAUUGCCGAGGAGCGUGACCCCACCGUGACGCGAAAACUCGACUUCGGAGCCAAGCCCUCAGGACGCCCACGAGGUGGCGCGAAUGGAAUCAACGGCUCGCUACCCGAGGAGGAGGAGGAUGCGGACGAGACGGAGGACGCCGACGAGCCCGAGCAGGAAGAAGAGGUGUCGGACAACAUGGAUCUUUUGGAGCAGUCGUUGCAGAUGGUCGAGGCCAUGCAUGGAGACUCUGUGUCGCCCGAGCCCGAACCUGAACCCGAGCAUUCAGAACCCCCAUCAGAAGAAGACGAACCUCCCGUGAAGCAGCCCGUCGCGGCUAAGAAGGGCCGCGGACGACCCCCAAGACCCAAGCCUGUUCAACAAGAGCCGGAGGAGGAACCAGCCGAGGAAGAGUCCGAGGAAGACGCCGCGCCUGUAGCAGCCAAGAGAGGAAAGAAACCGAGCAAGCCUGCACCUCAGCCCAAGCAACCCAAAGCAGUCCCAGCAUCAAGAAAACGGAGAGCAGAGCCGGAGCCGGAGCCAGAAGAGGAUGACCAACCCGAAGACGAGGUCUCAGAACCAGAGCCUGAAGAGAGCGCUCCUCAGGCCAAGAAACAGCGUACUGCAUCUGUCAAGCCUUCAAAACCAGCCGCCAAGGCAGCAGCAUCAAAGGCUCCAGGUGGGCCCAAAGGGAGGCCACCACGCAGGAAAGCUCCAGCAGAAGAGGUUGGAGAGACUUCGUUCGCCGCUCUUCAACGCGGUCCGCCGAUGCCCAAGUCGCGAGGUCUUGUGUCUGUUCGUCACGACGCAGAAGAGGUUCGGACGACGAGAUCUGGCCGCCACUCUUUCAAGCCUCUGGACUGGUGGAGAGGUGACAAGGUUGUCCAGGAGGAGGAGGAAUUUGACGGUGUGACGGGCCGGGAUAAGUUUGUAUUGACCACCAUCAAGGAGGUUAUCCGCAAACCUCAAGAGGAGGCGCCUGUUAAGAAGGCCAGGGGUCGUGCAAAGGGCAGACCCAAAUGUGCUCCAGAGGUUGAACUCGAGGACUGGGAGCUCAACCCAGGCGUUGUCAAUGGCGAGGUCAUCCUGUGGGAGCCGGAGCACGAGCUACACCCCCCGGCCGACGACGAGCCCGUUGAGGUCAUGGAGGAUCGUGUGGCGAUAGCAGGUAAUGCCAUUCAGACUAAGGACAUCCACGACACGACGUUCCGUUUCGCCAAGACGCUCACGACACCAUUUAUUGGUGCUGGUAUUGUCGAUCUACCCCCGGGCUCCGACAAGCGCCCAAAGAACUCGCGCAAGAUGCACAUGGUCUUCUUUCUGCAUUCUGGAAAGGUGCUUGUCACGGUCAACGAAGCUUCGUUCCGUCUCUCCGCCGGAGGCAUGUGGUUUGUACCAAGAGGAAACUACUACAGCAUAACAAACGACUACGACAAGCCCGCGCGCAUCUUCUUUUCCCAGGGAUGCGAGGUGACGUCCCAACCAACAGAAGGAGAGCAAUCGCAACUGUCCGUAAUGGCAUGA